GUGGUAGAGUCCCCUGGCGGGGCGCGGCGGUGGUAGGUGUUGCCCUUCGGGAUUCCCGAGUUGACGUGGCUUAAAUUUGGGAGGGGGGCAGCUGGAGCCACGGGCGGCAGCCUCUUUCAGAAAUGCUGAGUCGUUUGUCAGGAUUAGCAAAUGUUGUUUUACAUGAAUUAUCAGGAGAUGACACUGAUCCAAAUAUGAGGGCUUCCUUAGAUCCUGGAUUACCACAAGAAUUGGACAUGGAAUUGAAUGAUAAAACCCAAGAGGAUGUUCUGGAACGCCUGGCUUACACAGAGCAGUUGGUGGUGGAGCUAAAAGAACUCAUUAGACAGAAGGAUACUGAACUGCAGCAGAAGGAUGAAGUUCUGCAGGAAGAAAGAAAAGCUGCUGAUAACAAAAUAAAAAACCUGAAACUUCAUGCUAAGGCCAAAUUAACUUCUUUGAAUAAACACAUAGAAGAAUUGAAGGCACAAGGAGCGAUUGCUUUGCCAACAGGAUCUCAGUCAGAGGAGCAACUCUCCAAGCAUGACAAGAGUUCCGCGGAGGAGAUGGAAGUAGAAAAGAUAAAGUGUAAACUCCAGGAGAAGGAGGCACUAAUUAGCAGUUUGCAAGCCCAGCUGACCCAGGCACAGGCAGAGCAAGCUGCACAGUUUGAUAAAAGUUCAACAGAGAUGGAAGAAUUUUCAGUAUUGAAGCAACAGCUCCAAGAGAAGGAGGAACUCAUUAGCACUUUGCAAGGCCAACUCAGCCAGACACAGGCAGAGCAAGCUGCUCAGCAGGUGGUCCGAGAGAAAGAUGCCCGCUUUGAAACACAAGUUCGUCUUCAUGAAGAUGAGCUUCUUCAGUUAGUAACCCAGGCAGAUGUGGAAACAGAGAUGCAACAGAAACUGCGGGUAUUACAGAGGAAGCUUGAAGAGCACGAAGAAGCCUUGUUGGGCCGUGCUCAGGUUGUGGACCUGCUGCAACAGGAGCUGACUGCUGCCGAACAGAGAAACCAGGUUCUCUCUCAGCAGUUACAGCAGAUAGAAGCUGAGCAUAAUACUUUAAGAAACACUGUGGAAACAGAAAGACAGGAGUCCAAGAUUCUGAUGGAAAAGAUGGACCUUGAAGUGGCAGAGAGAAAAUUAUCCUUUCAUAACCUGCAGGAAGAAAUGCGUCAUCUACUGGAACAGCUUGAGCAAGCAGGUAAAGCGCAAGCUGAACUUCAGUCCCGGUACAGUGCUUUGGAGCAGAAGCACAAAACAGAAAUGGAAGAGAAGACCUCUCACAUUUUGAGUCUUCAAAAGAUUGAGCAAGAACUACACUCUGCCUGUGAUGCUCUAAAGGAUGAAAAUUCAAAGCUUCUCCAAGAGAAGAGUGAGCAGGCACUUCAUUCAGCCCAGGCCAUUCAGCAGCUGGAAGAGCAACUCGAGCAAAAAUCCAAGGAAAUUAGCCAAUUUCUAAAUAAACCAACUUUGCAGAAUGAUGAAACAGCAACUCAGACUUCUUUCCCAGAUAUUUAUAAUGAGGGUGCACAGGUGAUCACUGAGGAGAAUAUUGCCUUUUUGCAUAAGAGAGUGGUAGAACUAGAGAAGGAAAAGGGGGCCUUGCUCCUUAAUUCCAUAGAACUGGAGGAACUGAAAGCUGAGAAUGAAAAACUAUCUUCUCUGAUUACUCUCCUGGAGGCUCAGAAUAGAACUGGAGAGGCACAUAGAGAAGUCAGUGAGGUCAGCAUGGUUGAUAGUACCAGGCUCAACAAGAGCAACUCUUCUGCUGAGGAAAGUGGACAAGAUGUCCUAGAGAACACCUUUUUUCAGAAACAUAAAGAACUGUCAGUUUUACUGUUGGAAAUGAAAGAAGCUCAAGAGGAGAUUGCAUUUCUUAAGUUGCAGCUCCAGGGCAAAAGGGCUGAGGGGGAUCCUGAGGUCCUUGACCAGAAAGAAUUGAAACAGAUAGAAAGUGAAGGAAAGCCUUCAGUUGCAAUGAAAAUAUUACUUGAAGAUACAGGGCAACAUUUUCCCCCAAUGUCAAAUGAAGAGAGCAGUCUUCCAGCAAUUGGAAAAAAAGAGGAGAUGAGCUCUGAACAUCAAAAUAGAAUAUCUGAGGAAAUAUCUUUAAAUGACACUGGAAUAGAAUUGAAAUCAACAAAACAUUAUGAUGUUGAUAAUGCCCCUUGUGCUGUACCAGGCAUUUGUCAGUGUCACCAGGAUGAAUUGGAAACACUAAAAAGUCAAAUUUCGGAGCUCAAGAUUAGCUUUCAUAAAGCAGAAGAAACAUAUGGGAAAAAUUUAGAUGAGAAAGCUAAGGAAAUAAGCAAUUUAACUCAGUUGGUUGAGGAGUUUAAGAAAAAUGCUGAAGACUCCAACAGUGCACUCACUGCUUUGUCUGAAGAAAGAGACCAGCUUCUCUCUCAGGUGAAGGAACUGAGUGUAGUAACAGAGCUGAGGGCUCAGGUAAAACAGCUGGAAGUGAACCUUGCAGAAGCAGAAAGUCAAAGAAGACUUGAUUAUGAAAGUCUAACUCAUCACAACUUGCUUACUGAACAGAUCCACAGUCUCAGCAUAGAAGCCAAAUCUAAAGAUGUGAAAAUUGAAGUUUUACAGAAUGAAUUGGAUGGUGUACAGCUUCAGUUUUCUGAGCAGAGUACACUGAUAAAAAGCCUACAGAGCCAGCUACAGGAGAAGGAAUGUGAGGUGCUUGAGGGGGUAGAGCGUCUGAGGGAUAUCACAAAUAAGAUGGAAGAACUUUCACAGGCUCUUUCACAGAAGGAACUUGAAAUAGCAAAAAUGGAUCAACUCUUACUGGAGAAAAAGAGAGAUGUGGAAACCCUCCAACAAACCAUUGAAGAGAAGGACCAGCAAGUGACAGAAAUCAGCUUUAGUAUGACUGAGAAAAUGGUUCAGCUUAACGAAGAGAAGUUUUCUCUUGGGGUUGAAAUUAAGACUCUUAAAGAACAGCUGAAUUUAUUAUCUAGAGCUGAAGAGUCAAAAAAAGAGCAAGUAGAAGAAGAUACAGAAGUUGUUUCUGGUCUUAAGCAGACUUUUGAUGAGUUGAGCCCAGCAGGGCUAGUAAGUAAAGAAGAACUUCAGCAUGAGUUAGACUUUGUAAAGAAGGAAAGUGAGCAGAGAAAGAGAAAGCUCCAGGCAGCUCUUAUUAACAGAAAGGAACUUCUACAAAGAGUCAGUAGAUUAGAAGAGGAAUUGGCCAAAGUGAAAGAUGAAUCUAGGAAAGAGGUCCCAUUCAGUGAGAAUGAGAAGAGAGAAAUAGAGAAAGAUAAAGAAAAUAAAGAAGACUCAGAAAAAUGUGUUACUUCUAAGUGCCAAGAAAUAGAAGUUUCUUUAAAACAGACAAUAUCUGAGAAAGAAUUAGAACUAGAGCAUUUAAGGAAGGAUUUGGAAGAAAAGGCAGCAGUUGAAGAAGAGUUACAGGCUCUGAUCAAACAGAUGAAUCAGAACUUCCAAGAUAAGGUAAACCAAAUAGAUUUGCUCCAAGCGGAAAUCAUUGAAAACAAAGCAAUUAUCCAAAAGUUAACCACAGGUAACAAGGAUGCAGGUGAUGGAGGUUCAGCAGAACCUGUAAAAGAAACAGUUGUGAGCAGUCCACCUGGUGCAGGUGGUGGAGAACACUGGAAACCAGAACUGGAAGAAAAGAUAUUGGACCUUGAAAAAGAAAAGGAACAACUUCAAAAGAAGCUACAGGAAGUGUUAACCUCUCGCAAGGUGAUUCUUAAAAAGGCACAGGAGAAAGAAAGACAUUUUAGGGAGGAGCUAAAGCAACAGAAAGAUGACUAUAAUCGCUUGAAAGAACAGUUUGAUGAGCAAAGUAAAGAAAAUGAGAACAUUGGAGACCAGCUAAAGCAACUCCAGAUUCAAAUAAGGGAAUCGGUAGACAGAAAACUCCCAGGCACUGACCAGCAGGAACCAGGCUCUCCCACUCAAGGUUUAGAAGAACAUUUAUCCAAAGCCAUUGAGCAGCAACCUGCUGAACCUAUUUUAGAAUCUGACUUGUGCCCAGACAGGCCUCAUCCUGGAGAUGCAAAUGCUCUGAAGGACAAUACUUCUGUUGCCCAGAUUAAGACCCAGCUCAAAGAAAUAGAGGCUGAGAAAGAGGAGUUAGAAUUGAGGGUUAGUUCUACAACAAGUGAACUUACUAAAAAAUCAGAAGAGGUAUUUCAAUUACAAGAGCAGAUAAAUAAACAGAGUUUUGAAAUCCAAAGUCUGAAAACAGCAUCCCAUGAAGCUGAAGCCCACACCAAAAGCCUGAAGCAGAAAUUAGAAAGCAGUCAACUAGAAAUUGCUGGAUUAGAACAUUUAAGAGAAUUACAGCCUCAACUAGAUGAAUUGCAAGAACUCAUAAGCAAAAAGGAAGAAGAAGUUAGAUACCUUUCUGGACAGCUUAAUGAGAAAGAAGCAGCUCUAACUAAAGUACAGACAGAGAUAAUAGAACAAGAGGAUUUAAUUAAGGCUCUGCAUACACAGCUGGAAAUGCAAGCCAAAGAACAUGAUGAAAAGAUAAAGCAUUUACAGGUGGAACUUUGUGAAAUGAAGCAAAAAUCAGAAGAGACUGGAGAAGAAAGUAAAGCAAAACAACAAAUACAUAGGAAACUGCAAGCUGCCCUCAUUUCCCGAAAAGAAGCACUAAAAGAAAACAAAGGUCUCCAAGAGGAGUUGUCUUUAGCCAGAGAUACCAUUGAACAUCUCACUAAGUCUCUGGCAGAUUUGGAAAACCAAGUUUCUGCUCAAAACCAAGAAAAAGAUACUUUCUUAGGAAAGUUAGCUCUUCUUCAGGAAGAAAGAGACAAACUUAUUACUGAAAUGGACAGAUCUUUAAUGGAAAAUCAAAGUCUCAAUGGUUCCUGUGAAAGUCUAAAAUUAGCUUUGGAGGGUCUUUCUAAAGACAAAGAAAACCUAAUGAAGGAAAUUGAAUCUUUGAAAUGUUCUAAUAUUGCAGAAAGCACUGAGUGGCAGGAGAAACACAAAGAGUUACAAAAAGAAUAUGAAAUUCUUCUGCAGUCCUAUGAGAAUGUUAGUAACGAGGCAGAAAGGAUUCAGCAUGUGGUGGAAACUGUGAGGCAAGAGAAACAAGAACUAUAUGGCAGGCUAAGAAGCACAGAAACAAACAAGAAAGAGCUGGAAAAACAGUUGCAGGAAGCUCAACAGGAAAUGGAAGAAAUGAAAGAAAAGAUGAGAAAAUUUGCUAAAUCUAAACAGCAAAAAAUCCUAGAGUUGGAAGAAGAGAAUGACCGACUUCGAGCAGAGGCACACCCUGCAGGAGGUCCAUCUAAAGAUUGUAUGGAAGCACUUCUUUCUUCCAAUUCCAACAUGAAGGAGGAACUAGAAAGGGUCAAAACAGACUAUAAAACGCUUUCCAAGGAGUUUGAGGCUUUAAUGACUGAGAAAGACUCUCUAAAUGAAGAGAUUCAAGAUUUAAAGCAAAGGAUAGAAGAUAAUGAAUCCAAACAAGUUAUUCUAGAGGCCCCUGAGAAACCUGAUAACCAGAUGCAUAUCAUUGAAGAGGCAAGCCAGUCUGUCCCAGGUGAGGCUAAUGAGGAAAACUCUUCAAGUAGGAGUACAAGGCCUGAAUAUUCAGAAUCCAUUCUACCAGACACCAAUGCCAAUCCUGGUACAAGUGAGAAUGUCAGCUCACAUGAUGAAAUUAAUAACUACCUACAGCAGAUUGAUCAGCUCAAAGAAAGAAUUGCUGAAUUGGAGGAGGAAGAACAAAAAGAAAAGGAAUUUAACCAGACUUUAGAAAAUGAGAGAAAUGCUUUACUGAGUCAAAUAUCAGCAAAGGAUGGUGAACUAAAAGUGCUUCAGGAAGAAGUAACCAAAAUAAACCUUUUAAAUCAGCAAAUUCAAGAACAACUUGCCAGAGUUACCAAGCUCAAAGAGAUAGCAGAAGAAGAGAAAGAUGAUUUGGAAGAGAGGCUUAUGAAUCAACUAGCAGAACUUAAUGGAAGCAUUGGGAAUUAUUAUCAGGAUGUUACAGAUGCCCAAAUGAAAAAUGAGCAACUAGAAUCUGAAAUGCAGAACCUUAAAAAGUGUGUGAGUGAAUUGGAAGAAGAAAAGCAGCAGUUAGUCAAGGAGAAAACUCAGGUGGAAUCAGAAAUCCGAAAAGAAUAUUUGGAGAAAAUACAAGGUGCUCAGAAAGGACCUAGCAAUAAAAGCCAUGCAAAGGAACUUCAGGAACUGUUAAAAGAAAAACAACAAGAAGUAAAGCAGCUACAGAAGGACUGCAUCAGGUACCAGGAGAAAAUUAGUGCUCUGGAGCGAACUGUUAAGGCCCUAGAAUUUGUUCAAACUGAGUCCCAAAAAGAUUUGGAAAUAACCAAAGAAAAUUUGGCUCAAGCCAAGGAACACCGCAAGAAGGCAGAAACAGAAUUAGCUAGCUUCAGAGUACUGCUAGAUGACACUCAAAGUGAAGCAGCAAGGGUCCUAGCAGACAAUCUCAAGUUGAAAAAGGAACUUCAAUCAAAUAAAGAAUCAGUUAAAAGCCAAAUGAAACAAAAGGAUGAAGAUCUUGAGAGAAGACUGGAACAGGUAGAAGAGAAACAUCUGAAAGAGAAGAAGAAUAUGCAAGAGAAACUGGAUGCUUUGAGUAGAGAAAAAGGCCACUUGGAAGAAACAUUUGGAGAGAUUCAGAUUACUUUGAACAAGAAAGACAAGGAAGUAAAACAACUUCAGGAAAACUUGGAUAGUACUGUGGCCCAACUUGCAGCUUUCACUAAGAGCAUGUCUUCCCUCCAGGAUGAUCGUGACAGGGUAAUAGAUGAAGCUAAGAAAUGGGAGAUGAGGUUCAGUGAUGCUAUUCAAUCUAAAGAAGAAGAAAUUAGACUCAAAGAGGAGAAUUGCAGUGUUCUAAAGGAUCAACUUAGGCAGAUGUCCAUCCAUAUGGAGGAAUUGAAGAUCAACAUUUCCAGACUUGAACAUGACAGGCAGAUUUGGGAGUCUAAGGCCCAGACAGAGAUCCAACUUCAACAGAAGGUCCGGGAUACUCUUCAGGGGGAGAACAAAGAACUUCUGUCCCAGUUGGAAGAGACUCGGCAUCUAUACCACAAUUCUCAGAAUGAAUUAGCUAAAUUAGAAUCAGAACUUAAGAUUCUCAGAGACCAGUGGACUGAUUUAAAUAAUUCUUUAGAAAACUGUAAGGAAAACAAAGAAAAUUUGGAAGGGAUCAUAAAGCAGCAAGAGGCUGAUAUCCAAAAUUAUAAGUUCAGUUAUGAACAGCUAGAGACUGAUCUUCAGGCCUCCAGACAACUGACCAGUAGGCUGCACGAAGAAAUAAACAUGAAAGAGCAGAAGAUUAUAAGCCUGCUUUCUGCCAAGGAACAGGCAAUCCAAGAAGCUGUUGCUGAACUGCAUCAGCAGUAUGAUAAAGAAAUUAAAGAAUUGGAAAAGCUGCUGACCCAGGAGGAAGAGGAGAAUAUUGUCUUAGAAGAAGAAAACCAAAAAGCUGUUAUCAAAACCAAUCAGCUGAUUGAAACACUGAAGACUAUCAGGAAGGAAAACACACAGCGGAAGGCUCAGUUGAAUUCCUUCGUUAAAUCUAUGUCUUCUCUCCAGGACGACCGAGACCGCAUAGUAUGUGACUACCAAAAGCUGGAAGAGCGACAUCUCUCUGUAAUCUUAGAAAAAGACCAGCUCAUCCAAGAGGCUGCUGCUGAGAAUAAUAAGCUUAAGGAAGAAAUGCGAUGCUUGAGAAGUCAUAUGGAUGAUCUUAAUUCUGAAAAUGCCAAGCUAGAUGCAGAACUGAUCCAAUACAGAGAAGACCUGAACCAAGUGAUAUCAAGAAAGGACUACCAGCAAAAACAACUCAUUGAAGCUCAAGUUCAGCAGAAUAAGGAGCUGAAAAAUGAGUAUGCUAAAUUAGAAGAAAAACUGAAGGAGUCUGAGGAAGCAAAGGAGGAACUACAGAGGUCCUCUGUUGCCCUACAGGAGGAGAAACAAGGUUUAUCUAAAGAGGUUGAGAGCUUGAAAGUAUCUAUAGCCCAACUGAACAGAGAAUUGACAGCCUUGCAAGAAGAAGGCACUUUAGGACUAUUUCAGGCCCAAUUAAAAGUAAAAGAAGAAGAGGUACAGAGGUUAAGUACUACUCUUUCCUCCUGUCAAAAUAGAAUUACAGAACUGGAAGAGGAAUUGGUUCAUGUUCAGAUAGAAGCUGCCAAGAAAGUAGGUGAAAUUGAAGAUAAAAUGAAGAAGAAAUUAAAGCAUCUUCAUCAUGAUGCAGGAAUAAUGCGGAAUGAGACGGAAACAGCAGAAGAGAGGGUGGCAGAGCUAGCAAGAGAUCUGGUGGAGAUGGAACAGAAAUUACUCAUGGUCACCAAAGAAAAUAAAGAUCUCACAGCACAAAUCCAGUCUUUUGGAAGGUCUAUGAGUUCCCUACAGAAUAGUAGAGACCAUGCCAAUGAAGAGCUUGAUGAACUGAGAAGGAAAUACGAUGCCAGUCUGAAGGAAUUGGCACAGAUGAAAGAACAGGGACUCUUAAGCAGAGAGAGAGAUGUGCUUGUUUCUAAAGCUGCCUUUCCAGUGAAUUCCACUGAGGAUGUCAGCUUGCCUCACCUUGAGAAACUUAACCAACAGCUUCUAUCCAAAGAUGAGCAACUGCUUCACUUGUCCUCACAACUAGAAGUUUCUUACAACCAAGUGCAGUCCUUUUCCAAGGCUGUAGUCAGUCUACAGAAUGAGAGAGAUCACUUGUUGAAUGAAUUGGAAAAAUUCCGCAAGACAGAGGAAGGGAAGCAGAGGUCUGCAGCCCAGUCCGCAACCAGCCCAGCUGAAGUGCAGAGUUUGAAAAAAGCUAUGUCAUCACUCCAGAAUGACAGAGACCGACUACUGAAGGAAUUGAAGAAUCUGCAGCAGCAAUACUUACAGAUUAACCAGGAGAUCACUGAGUUACGUCCAGUGAAGGCUCAACUUCAGGAGUAUCAAGAUAAGACAAAAACGUUUCAGAUUAUGCAAGAAGAUCUCAGGCAGGAGAACCUCUCCUGGCAGCGUGAACUACAUCAGCUCAGGAUGGAAAAGAAUUCCUGGGAAACUCAUGAGAGGAGAAUGAAAGAACAGUACCUUAUGGCUAUUUCAGAUAAAGAUCAGCAGAUCAGUCAUCUGCAAAAUCUUAUGAGGGAAUUGAGAUCUGCCUCCCAGACUGAGACCCUCAAAGUACAGUACCAAAGGCAGGCAUCCCCAGAGACAUCAGCUUCCCUAGAUGGGCCACAAAACCUAGUUUAUGAGACAGAACUUCUUAGGACUCAGCUCAAUGACAGCUUAAAGGAAAUUCACCAGAAGGAAUUAAGAAUUCAGCAACUGAACAGCAGGUUUUCUCAACUACUCGAAGAGAAGAAUACCCUUUCAAUUCAGCUGUGCAAUACCAGUCAGAGUCUUCGCGAGAACCAGCAGCACUACAGUGACCUUUUCAAUCACUGCGCGGUCUUGGAGAAGCAGGUCCAAGAGCUGCAGGCGGGGCCAUUGAGUUUGGAUGUUGCUCCAGGAGCUCCCCAGGAAAAGAAUGGGGCUCACAGGAAGAGUGAUCCUGAAGAACUGAGGCAGCCACCGCUAAGUUUUUCGGAAGCCCAAAAGCAGCUGAGCAGCACUAAACAGGAGGUGAACGAAUUGAGGAAGCUGCUGGAAGAAGAACGAGACCAAAAAGUGGCUGCUGAGACUGCCCUCUCCAUGGCCGAGGAGCAGAUCAGACGGCUGGAGCACAGCGAAUGGGACUCUGCCCGGACUCCCAUCAUCGGCUCCUGUGGCACGCAGGAGCAGGCAGUGUUAAUGGACCUCCCAGGCAACAGCUGUCGCAGAUCACGGAGUGGUGCUGGAUGGAAGCGGAUCCUACGUUCGCUCUUUUAUUCCCGGACCCGUGUGCCUCUGCUGGCUGCCAUCUACUUUUUGAUGGUUCAUGUCCUACUCAUUUUAUGUUUCACGGGCCAUUUAUAAACUUAGUUCUCACCUUUUGGAACACUACUCUUGGAAUUUGGAAUUCCCUCACCUCUAAUAUCAAAACCAUCAAUUCCAGUGGAAUAGUCAUCUUCCCACUUAUUACAGGUCCUCUCCCCAAGUCUCCACAGAAAGUGCCUGCAAAAACCGAAGUGGAUGGAGCACAGGUCAGAGCAGCAAGGACCAUUGAGUCUGCCUUUUUCUACUGCCUACGGCUAGGACAUUUUUGCAUAUCUGAGGAGGCCCCACAUUUGGUUGCUGGGCUUAACAUUUUUUCAGAUUCUGUCAGGCCUUGAUCUCUUGUGAAAGAUGCUGAGGAAUGUUUUCCAGCCAGGAGGGUGGCUCCAAUAAACCUAAUAAGCUGAAGUCCAGUAUCAUUCAUUUCUCCUGCUUCAGGGGGAAGGUGGAUCCGCCCUAACCAAGUUCUGGGGGACAUUACCCCAGGGAUAUCUGACUAAGUCAGGUCUCCUGGGUGGGAGCUGACGGGUUUUAGCUGUUGGAUCACAGGGAAUAUCUUCCUUGGCUGUUCAGACAUCAGUGGAGUAAGACCUGUGGUCCUGAACUGUAACGAUAGGAUCCCAUUGCUGAUGCCCUCUAUCACAUGUGGACCAAGGUACUGAGUGGCCCGUGCCUUUCCUUUCACUGAAAGGCAGGAAGAACUGCUUAUAGACGGGGGUUCAGAUGCUUCUCGUUCUGUGUUACCCGGAUAUGCCUCAAAUGUGGGCCCUACGACAGUACACUGGGAGCCAGUCCUAGGUGAGGCACAGGCUCUCAACCAGGGAGAUCUGGCUGCUCUGGAGACCACUCCUGCUUUGCUGUUGGUAACAGUUAUUCUACUUUUUCAACUUCAUAUUCAUCUGCCCUCUGUGGUAGCAGAGCUAAGGAAAAUGGAGGGAGAAUAUGGAGAAGACGGAAUAUUUAAAUCUAGGCCUGAGAAUGACAGCAGGAUCAGAUUUCCUUUGUGCCUCCUCCCCAGCCCCUCAACACCUACCUGUUGAUU